GGCCUAGCAAGACUCCCAGCAAGACUCCCAGCAAAGUUCAUCAAGUGCAGUGCCCAAUGGCCCAAGAAGGCUACGCAGCUGCCAAUGGCAUAGGCUGUUUGCAAGAUGGAAAGCCGCCAGAUGAAACUGACAAUGCCAACUACUUCUGCGAGUAUGCUUUUCUGUACCAUCAGAUGGAUAUGCUUGAGGAUGAGCAUCGCACAGGAUCCUAUUUCAAUGCAAUAGCGUGGAAUCCUGAUAGUUUCAAAGACAAAGUUGUCUUGGACGUUGGAGCUGGAAGUGGCAUUCUGUCAAUUUUUGCAGCAAAGGCUGGUGCCAAAGAGGUGUUCGCUGUCGAGGCCACGGAUAUGGCAGUUCGCAGCAGAAAGAUUAUUCAAGCUCAAGGACUUAGUCACAUCAUCAAGGUAGUCCAAGGAACUGUGGAGACAGUGACCUUGCCAUAUAUGGUCGAUGUCAUCAUUAGUGAAUGGAUGGGCUACUUUCUUCUGAGGGAAAGCAUGCUUGACAGCGUGCUGAUUGCUAGAGACCGCUUCCUAAAGCCAGGAGGUGCGCUUUUCCCUUCGCACGCAACGCUAUUUUUAGCACCAGUGGGGUCUGCCAAAGCGUGCCGUGAAAAGCAGCAGACCUUUGAUGGGGAGAGGCAGCAUUUUGAUGAUUUUAACGACGCUAUGACGAACUACUACGGAAGCGAUUUCUCGUGCAUGCGCGGAGAGUUCCUGGAGGAACAGAGGAAGUACUACUUGCAAACCGGGAUGUUUGUCAAUUUGACGCCAAAGCAGUUGGCGAGCGGUGGCAGCCCCUUACUGGAGAUUGACCUCUUGCGGAUUACUGUGGAGGAUCUCAAGGAUGUGGAGAAGCCCUUGACAUGUUCCAUGAGGCCUCAUUUUGUUGAGAGGUUGUCAAGCCGUGGAAGAAUUCAGAGAGAGAAAGAGAGAAGGAUCAGCAAAGAUACGCAGCUUGAGGGUUUCACCGGGUACUUCAAUGUGAUGUUCCGCGGCUCGCCCCAGAACCCAACUAAAGAGGUGAUCGAGCUGACAACUGCCCCGACUGCCGGGACUGCUACGCACUGGGGUCAACAGUUGUUUGGAUUCUUCCCUCCUUUGCAAGCGAAGAGCGGGGACGUGCUGGAGUGCAGGCUCCGAAUCAAAAGGCAAAAAAAGAACCAUCGAUUGCUUCAGCUAGAAGCAGCCUUUACGCUUGGCAGCGAAGGCAAUGUGCGCGAGAAGCGUGAGGAUACCUGGUACGUCGACUAGCUGACUAGCUGCCGGAGCGGGCUGCAAGGAAAAAGCAUGAAAACAA